AUGGAUGACCCUCAGGACCUGGACGACCCACAGGACCUAGACGACUCAUCGGACCUAGAUGAUCCAUCAGACCAGGAAUUCUUCCCAUAUAUCACACGCCCUUCUCUGUCGGCGACUGACCGGACUGUCUUCGACACUCAAGGAUGCACAGUCUUUGGCUACCCCUCACUGGCGGGGUUCUUAUCAAAGAAGCCGAUCUUCUCGAUAUACAUUUUCUAUCGCUCCCGCUCUCUCAUGCAUUGCAGCGCUCAUCUAGUACCGACGAAGAAGACAGGUUCUGUAAUCUUCUGCGACGGACCGGUGCGACGUUCUGGCCAGAUAAACAAGAUUGGCUCCAAUAUCAAGCAACUGCCAGACGAUUUUGGGAGGAUCAGUUUUGCAAUGAAUAUGGAGCAGAAGAUACAGAUUAUGAGAGAGUAUGGCGCUGUUUUUGUUGAAGAUGCCACGCAGGUGGAGGAGCUAAACACGAUUUGA